AUGGCUGCUGAUCAUAAUCAAAAACCCAAAGAAGAGAAACCAUUCUCAUUUCUUACUCAUUCACCAUCUUUUGAUCAAAGCUCGUUAACUUAUCCUCCAUUUGAAUGGGAAGAAGAGUUUCUUCCUCUCUACAACAACUCUGCCUCUCAAGCUUUUCUUUUGACUACAAAUUCUCUGCCUUUACCUGAUAUUGAACCCUUGUCUCAAGAUGUACUCGAUUCAUACAGCUCUGCAUCGUGGAACGGAACAGAGCAAAACAGAGGAGAUGGUGAUUUGGAGAAGAAGACUGACCAUGACCAUGACCAUGGAGCAGAGCAAGAGACGAGUAAGAAGAGGAAAAUCAACGAGAGACGAAGAGAACAUAGCGUGAGAAUCAUCAGCGAUGUUACUACAUACACAGCUUCAAAGGCAUUGUCCAUGGAAACUAUCUCUCGAUACUUCUACAUGCCAAUAACUCAGGCUACAAUGGAGCUUAACGUUGGUUUAACUCUUCUCAAAAGAAGAUGUCGCGAAUUGGGUAUUCGUCGAUGGCCUCAUCGUAAACUCAUGAGCCUACAAACUCUGAUUAGUAACGUAAAGGAGUUGCAGAAGAUGGGAGGAGAAGAGAAUGCAGGAAAACUGAAGAAAGCGUUAGAGAAGCUGGAGGAAGAGAAGAGGACGAUCGAAGAGUCGCCGGAUUUAGAGUUUGAAGACAAGACAAAGAGGUUGAGACAAGCUUGUUUCAAGGCUAACCACAAGAGAAAGAAGAAGAGAAGUCUCGAGUCGGAUCAGUCUCAGAUGUCUGUACCUUCGUGUUCAAGUACUGAAUCAGUCGUAAGUGACGAAUCGGUUUAUGAAGAAGGAAUAGAGAGCGAUGAAGAAGUUAAGUAUCUCUUGUGUGGUUUCACAAAUGAGUUUGUGAAAAUUGGAUUGUAA